UUUACUGUUAAGUGGAGAAGUAUGAAACGCUGUAAGCCAUAUUCAAACACGACUAAGCGCUGUAAUCUUUGUUUAUAUGAAAAGUAUUUAAUUAUAUGUCAUCCAGAACUAUGUUCACUCAAUAGCAAGAAUGAGUUAGUGUCAACUUGUCGUCAUAGAAAGAAAUAUUUAAUUAGCACCAGAUAUGCAACAGUGAACAAUAGGCCUCUAUAACAUAAUAAACGGUCCGAUUCCCUGAUUAGCCAUUUAAAUUAUAAUCCCUAGAUUGCACCAAUAAACAAUAGGCUUUGUAACAUAGUAAUUUAGUUCGACUUCCUGAUUAGCCAUUUAAGUUAUAAACCCUGUAAAUGAUGAAUUUACAUUUUUCCUGCCAACCUGCUCGUGACUCAGCGCAGUAGUUUUAUGACCCACUUUUUGGUUGCGACCCAUAGUCUGGGAAGCGUGGAUUUAAAAGUACAUUUUACACAUAAGAAGUAGAGUACCAUUUUCCAGACGACUGCGUUACUAGAAAAAUUCAGAGGUUAUGCUGUAUUUUAUAUGAAAUGGGCAUCUUUUCAGUCCACAGUGACUUCGACAACGUACCACAAUCAGAUCAUCGUAUCUAAAGACAGUACAUCUAUGAUUUACCGAGAAGAUGAUCUUCACAUUGACAUUCAGUGUCAGCUUGACAAUAGAGGGCGAUCUUCGGUUAAUUUCGAUCCAGUUGUACUGGAUUACUUCAAGCGAGAACAUGGGAAUUUUACGUUUACGAUGGAGCUUUACACUGAUGAUGACUACUCUACACCAUACCCAUAUUGGGAAUACCCUGUAGAAUUGAGUCUUGGUAGUACAGCGUACGUCGGUGCCAGUGUGCAAACUUUCAGUGACGAUAUGGUUCUUUUUGUCGAUUCUUGCAAGGCAACACCUAAUCCUGACUCGGAUGGUAAUCCACAGUAUCAAUUAAUUGAAAACAGCUGUGGUGUAGAUUCAACUGUUCAGUUUGACGGCCAGCAAACGUCCGGCGGUACAUCUCGUGUCUUAUUUUCAUUUAAAACCUUUGGUUUCAACGGUGGUUACUCUACGGUGUUUAUUCACUGUGAAUUGUCUAUUUGCAAUGGAAGUGACUGGAGAUACUCUAGAGACUGCCAACAACGUGAACGUCGCGACAUCUCUGCACCUAAUAAAUUGUCUGAUACCGUUCCGAUUGUUCUUGGACCUGUGGUACUAAAGAAAUCAGUGGACGACCCAAAAGUCGCUUUUGAAACCGAAG